UUGAUGGGGAAGUGGGCACGUGGCAGGUAGCUGAAUGUUGUGGAGCUUACUUUCACUUUGAGUGUCAUUAAGUGGAAUACUAUCCAGGUGAAGCUGUGCUUGUUUAUGUUACUUUUUGUUUGUCAAAUGUGAAAUCACGCUGAAUGUGACCAAGGCGGUAAGACGCAAGACAACUAGGCCUACACCUUACUCUGACAUAUCCUGCUGAACACACGAAGUCAGUUUCAGAUUGUAUUGCCCUAAAGAAGAAAUGGGAGCACUGGAUUUCAGCAUGCAAAGUACAGAUCAAAGAAUACUGGAUGCAUUUAAACUGAAGGUUCUGGAAGAGCAGAGGUAUUUGUUGUGCAAGAGUAUCAUCCCAGAUCGCCACUACCCGUACCUCCGCUCCAAGGCGAUCCUGAGCCUUGACGACUGUGAGGAAAUAGACGCAGAGCGCACAACUCGCAAGAAAGCCGCAAGAUUCCUGGACAUUAUGGUAUCAAAGGGUCCAUCAGCAUAUGAUCACCUCUGCGAGUCGUUAAUGCUGGACACAACUCAGAUGCAUCUGCUGAAACGUUUGAACACCGAAUACGAGGACAAGAAAAACAAAUACUUAGCACUCGUUACUGAUCAAAGUCCUCAGCUGAGAGCAGACCUAGGUAUUGACACAAGCAGGCUGCCGCGGCCCAACAGCAGCGAUGUCUAAUGCUAAUUAAUAGGUGUCAUUAACGUUUAGGCACCAUAACGAUUCACGUGUACAGACCUGAAUAUUUCCUUGAUUUGUCUACUUUGGGGAAAAUAGAAAAGCAUACCUAAGAAAGUGUGGCACAGUGUAUAUUGCACAUCAGGAAACUUCAUGCAAAAUACAUGCAAACAGUACAGGUAACAAUAUGCUUUUUUCGGCAUUGCACAUUUUAAACCUUGCAGUUUCAAACAUCAGUUCUGCAACACUCUGUGACAAUUACUAAGUUUAAAUAACAAAGGUACAGUUCUGUUUAGGUGAAAGGUUUGAAUGAUGGUUUUGGAUGAUUAUUGGAAGGUACAUCUGUGAGAUUACAGGGAUAAUUCUGUAGUGUCUUGCUGUGGUGUACAUCUGACAUAAUAGUCAUGAAUAGUUGCCACACAUUAUUGGACAGUACCACACAUUAAAUGAACAGUUGCUACACAGUACUGAACAGUUGCUACACAAAACAACGGCUGUGCAGAACUGAGUAGCAGCCAUACAAUAAUGAUCAGUUGCCACUCACUAAUGGACAGUUUGCCGCUCACCAAUGGACAGUUGCCACUCACCAAUGGACAGUUGCCAUGCAGUACUGCAGAGUUGGGAACAGCAUUUUUGAAAACUGCAUGACAUGUCAGAGUCAAUGUCCAUCUGUGUGUGGAAUAAAUUUAAAAUAUUUUUGGGAAUCCAAACUACAUUUGCUGAGUAACAGUACUAAAGACCGUUUAUGGAAGCAUGCAAUAUCUUUGCUUUGACAAAUAGGAUUUCCAGGGUUGUCAAAUGAACAAACAACAGAAAAGAAGCCAAAAACAUAGAUGCCCUAUUAAAACUCCCAGCUGCAGGAAUCUUAGAACAUUUUGUUGAUGUCCAAUGUUCCUUUCCCAGCUCAUGAUUAAUUAUGACGUCACUUGAAAAACAAACCUUUGGUGGAAACUCAUACAUUAUAAAAAUUAUGUCUGCAUUGCGAUCAGUUUUUUGAUGGAACAAUUGGCUCAAGGUCCUACUUGACAAUAGUGGCCCCUCAUGGGAUAAAGACAUAUGCUGCUCGCCGUUUACAUUGGACAACUACUUCUAACCUUAUAUAAUGGGCAACGCCUGAGAACUUCAUCAAAUCUUGAAACCACAACUGCCUGUCAAAACAUCAGUGGGACAUCAACCUCUCUAGCAUGCUAGGAUCUGCUUGUUUUGGUAUCAGGCAGUGUACUGAAUGUCAGAGGCAGUGGAACCACUUCCAAAGAGGGUGGUGGUGCAGGGUUCUAAGUAUCAAUUUAAAUGAGAGUCAAGGUAUGUU